AUGCCGAUUGGGGCAGGUUGUAGUGAUGAUAGGAAAAGCACUUCCGGGGGGGUUUUCUAUGUAGGCAACAAUCUUGUUGCUUGGCAUAGCAAAAAACAGAAUUCUGUCUCCUUAUCCACUGCUGAAGCAGAGUAUGUUGCCGCUGGGAGUUGUUGUACUCAACUCCUUUGGAUGCGACAAAUGUUGGAAGACUAUGGUCUUGCUCAAUCAUGUUUUCUAAUCUAUUGUGACAACAUGAGUGCCAUAGAUAUUUCAAAAAAUCCUGUUCAACACUCUAGGACAAAGCAUAUCGACAUUCGGCACCAUUUUAUUAGAGACCUUGUGGAAGACAAAAUUUUAACUUUGGAAUUUGUUCCCUCUGAAAAACAGCUAGCAGAUAUACUCACCAAGGCCUUGGGACUUUCAGAAACAUGGUACACUAAGGCAAUCCAUUGGCCUUUGUUCCAUUGA